CUGUCAAAACUCGGCGUUGCUCAACAGAAUCUUCUCGCGUUUUCUCUCUCUACACUCACAGAAUAAACCGCUUUUCUCUCUCUCUCUAGAUUCCGGUUUUUUCUAUCCCCUCAUCUUCCUCUCUCUGCAUCCACAAUUACACACCGCUCUGUGUAUAUAUAGGACCCUCAAAAUCUCUCUCUCUCUCUCUCUCUCUCUCUCUCUCUCUCUCCCUCUUCUAUGGUUAGAGGCAACGCAUAUAUAUAUAUAUAUUUAUAUAAUUAACCCAACAAGAAAGAUCUGAGAGAGAAAAAGAGAGAGUUGAAGAAGAGGGAUCGAAAAUGGGUUCAAUUCCUUCUGAACUGAGCUUAGAUGUUAGACCAACUUAUGUUCCCAAAACAAUCAGCGAUUUUCUUGGGGAACUCACUGCGAUCGAUAGCGUUUCUGAUAGGUUGUUCAGGCUUGAUGAUUUUGUUCAGAGGUUAGAUGAUGAAAUGAGGAAGAUCGAUGCCUUUAAACGUGAGCUUCCUCUCUGCAUGCUUCUUCUCAACGAUGCUAUUGCAACUUUGAAAGAGGAAUCAAAACAGUGUAGGCCAAGAAAUGUUGAACCAGUACUAGAAGAAUUCAUACCAUUAAAGAAAAAUUGUGAUGAAAAUGAAAAGAGUGAGGCCAAGAAAGAGAAGGACAGUGGAGGAGAUAAGAUGAACUGGAUGAGCUCUGUGCAGCUUUGGAACACUGAUAAUUUAAAAAACAUUGAUUCUAAGACCGAUCAGAAACAAAAUUCAGUACCAAAACUUAGAGAGGGAGUUGGGGAAGAAUUUCGCCUUGUGAUUGAUGAUCCAUCUCAAUCUGGUAAAAACAAAGUAGGGUUGAGGGCAUUUAUGCCAUUUAAGACCUGUCCUGUUUUUCCGGCAAGAAAGGAAGACAAGGAGUUAUCAGUGGCCGGACUUUCCCUUCUCACACCAGGAAUUAAGAAUUCAAGAGAAGAUGUUGGCUCUAAUGGUUUGAGUUCUAAAAACAAUGGUAGUACUAGUAGUACUUCUCUCAAUGGUCAUUCAAAUUUACGGGCCGGGUUACUAUCUCAACAGCAAACUGCCCGGAAACAGAGAAGAUGCUGGUCCCCGGAGUUGCAUCGACGGUUCAUCAAUGCCUUGCAACAACUUGGUGGUUCACAAGUGGCCACUCCGAAGCAGAUUAGAGAACUCAUGCAGGUCGAUGGACUCACCAACGAUGAAGUGAAGUCUCAUUUGCAAAAAUACCGACUUCAUACACGAAGAUUUGCUACUGCUACAGCAUCCACUUCUGCAAAUCAAUCAAUGCUCGUCUUGGGGGGUUUGUUGAUGCCACAAGAUCAGCGCGAUGAGUCACGAAAGCAAAGUAGUUCACAAUCCGGCUCUCCCCAAGGUCCUCUUCAGUCAGCUGGAAAUGGUGGAGGGACUUCAACUACAGGCGGGGACAGCAUGGAGGAAGAAGAAGAUGAGAAAUCCGAGAGCUAUAGUUGGAAAAGCCGUGUUCACAGAUCUGCAAAAGUUGCUGUAUAGAAUAUAUAUAUCCACCAUGAAUUUUGCAGUUAAUUAAAACUAUGCAUGGGAGGAGAGUUUCAUGACAACAACAAAAUAAUAAUACCUUAUUAUACAUAAAAGAAGAGAUAUAUAUAGGGAGGCUGUGAAAUUUUUGCAGGAUUAGUUUUCCUAUCCUUCUGUCUUGAGUUCUUGUUAUCUAUUUGUAUCGGCAUAAAAGAACAUGAAGUAAGAUUUCCUGAAGUUCAUGGAAUGAAUCAGACCCGUUUCACUCAACUAGAA